CGCCCCGCCGCUUCCUCGCCGCCGCGGGCUCAAGCGGGGCGGCCGGGCCAGCGCGGGGCGGCGGCGGGCAGGGGCGGCGAGUGCGCGGGCGCUCGCCGCCGCCCUUCUCGGCGGGCAGCGCGCGGGGACCAGGCCGAGGAGGAAGUGGCGGCGGCGGCGGCGGGACUGCGCGCCCCAGCUCCGAUCCCCGUUCCGCGUCCCCGCCGCCGGGAGGAGGUGCCCACUCGCUCGCGGCGCGCGCCAGCCGCCAGACUCGGCCUGUGGGCGAUUUCCUCCGGACCCAGGCUCCCCGCCCGAGGAGGAAGAUGCAGACCUUUCUGAAAGGGAAGAGAGUUGGCUACUGGCUGAGCGAGAAGAAAAUCAAGAAGCUGAAUUUCCAGGCCUUCGCCGAGCUGUGCAGGAAGCGAGGGAUGGAAGUUGUGCAGCUGAACCUUAGCCGGCCGAUCGAGGAGCAGGGCCCCCUGGACGUCAUCAUCCACAAGCUGACCGACGUCAUCCUUGAAGCCGACCAGAAUGAUAGCCAGUCCCUGGAGCUGGUGCACAGGUUCCAGGAGUACAUCGACGCCCACCCUGAGACCAUCAUCCUGGACCCGCUCCCUGCCAUCAGAACCCUGCUUGACCGCUCCAAGUCCUACGAGCUCAUCCGGAAGAUUGAGGCCUACAUGGAAGAUGACAGGAUCUGCUCACCACCCUUCAUGGAGCUCACGAGCCUGUGCGGGGAUGACACCAUGCGGCUGCUGGAGAAGAACGGCCUGGCUUUCCCAUUCAUUUGCAAAACCAGAGUGGCUCAUGGCACCAACUCUCACGAGAUGGCUAUCGUGUUCAACCAGGAGGGCCUGAACGCCAUCCAGCCACCCUGCGUGGUCCAGAAUUUCAUCAACCACAACGCCGUCCUGUACAAGGUGUUCGUGGUUGGCGAGUCCUACACCGUGGUCCAGAGGCCCUCACUCAAGAACUUCUCUGCAGGCACAUCAGACCGUGAGUCCAUCUUCUUCAACAGCCACAACGUGUCAAAGCCAGAGUCGUCAUCGGUCCUCACAGAGCUGGACAAGAUCGAGGGCGUGUUCGAGCGGCCGAGCGACGAGGUCAUCCGGGAGCUCUCCCGGGCCCUGCGGCAGGCACUGGGCGUGUCACUCUUCGGCAUCGACAUCAUCAUCAACAACCAGACAGGGCAGCACGCUGUCAUUGACAUCAAUGCCUUCCCAGGCUACGAGGGCGUGAGCGAGUUCUUCACAGACCUCCUGAACCACAUCGCCACUGUCCUGCAGGGCCAGAGCGCAGCCACAGGGGACGUGGCCCCGCUGAGGCACAGCAAGCUUCUGGUCGAGCCGGCGGGCGGCCUGGUGGGUGAGCGGACAUGCAGCGCCAGCCCUGGCUGCUGCGGCAGCAUGAUGGGCCAGGACGCGCCCUGGAAGGCCGAGGCCGACACUGGCGGCACCGCCAAGCUGCCGCACCAGAGACUUGGCUGCAACGCCGGCGUGUCACCCAGCUUCCAGCAGCACUGCGUGGCCUCCCUGGCCACCAAGGCCUCCUCCCAGUAGCCACGGAGCCAGGACCCAGAGGGGCGGCGCGGGGCGCAGAGCACACCCGCUGGGCCAGCAGCUCCCAACGGCGAUGCUACUACUAAGAAUCCCCAGUGAUCUGAUUCUUCUGUUUUUUAAUUUUUAACCUGAUUUUCUGAUGUCAUGAUCUAAAUGAGGGGUGGCAGGGGGGGAUGGAAGAGAGUACCAGGUGGUCCAGCGUCGGGGAGUGGAGCCGUCCGCCUGCUCUCUACUGUGCAGACCUCCUCACUGAGUUUACACACGCUUGUGUUUGCAACACUAGGUCUGGAUGGGAGGUGGGGGGUGUGCGUGUGGCUGCCAUGCCAGUGUCUGUGCACAUCCCCAUCUGUUGGUCUCCGUGGCCGCUGUGGACCAGGCCCCUGGGGACCCUGGGGGGAAGCCUGCCCAUGUCGGGCUGUGGGUGGCUGAUCAGGGCUGUGGGAGGCUGAUCAGGGCUGUGGGUGGCUGAUCAGUGCGUGUGAGAGUGGCUUCCCUUCUCCCUGACUCCCCACUCCCUGACCUACCCCUUCCUUGUUUUUCCUCCUACUGGUCUCUACCAAGGCUUUGUAAGCCCCAACCCUGCCUGAUGUGCAGCUAACCCCUCCCUCCCCACAGCCAGAGGAGGCCACAGACCCCUCAGGGGAGUUCUGCGCUGGGGUCUGGGCUGUGCUCCCUCACUAAAGGGAAGGAAAGGAAGCUGGGCGUCCUGCGGGUCCCCCAACACACGUCCCACUUAGCCCUGCACAGCAGUCUCCUUCCCCCAAGCCAGCACUGCCUCUCCCUGGAGCCCGGGAAGGAGGCUGCCUGGCUAGAGUCCUGAGCUGAUGGUGCCUGUGCUGAAGAUUUGUGCUGUGAUUUGGGCAAAUCAUUCCAGGUCUUUGGGCCUCCACCCCCUCGUCUCUAGUGGACAUUUGAGACCAGAGAGCACCACAGGGCUGGCUUUGUGCCCUAACCCCUGGGAUGCAGCCUGCCUUUCCAUAAAGUCACCUAGGUGAGGACACACAGAGGAGCCUCGGCAUGACACCGUGGAGAUUGGGGCCCUCUUCCCAGUGGGUUCACUCCUUUUCACACCUGCUGGGUCCCUCCUCACCCAGCAGGCCCGGUCCACCUCUCAUCGCAAGCCCCAAGCAGUGAGCCAGCAGGUGCCAGGGAGCCACCCGCCCCCCCAUUGCUUCUGCACACCUCAGACUCACCCCAUCACCUGGGCAGCGAAGCACUGGCUCGCCGGUCUGACCCCUGACCAGGCAGCCCCCUCUACAGAGAAAAGAGUUAGGGAGAAGGCUCCGCAGUCCCUGGAAGAUGUGGAGCGCUGGGUGAGAGGCAUCAGCCCCCCAAGUAUGUUUUUGUGUCUUAAGAUACCAGUUUACUUUGAAAAAGUGAAAAAGGCUUCUGGGCUGUCCUCUGCCCAGUGAGACGGAGGACACUAGAGAAAGUGCUGAGUGUCCCGAGAGAGGCCUCUGAGCCAGUGCAUGGAGGUCCUUCGGCCUGGCUCAGCUGGGCUGCGGGGUGCCCCCUUUGAGGAGGGAGGCACAGGGCUUGGGCGAGGGGCAGAAGCCAUCAGAACUGCCCAGCUUUUUUGGAAACCGAGGACCCAACAACUAACCACGUUUACACUUGAGUGUUGAACCCCAAUUAAUGUCUGUACGUCACCUUUCCUAGUUCUGACCCUGAGCCCCGGGGAAGCAGGAAAGCGUGGCCGGCCUCUUGCACUGCUUUGUCUCCAAAAUAAACUACUGAAAUCAAACCGCAUUUCACACGUGUUUACACAUGUUGCUCAAGUUUGUUAUGUCAUACUCCCAGUCCUUAAAAGACGUUUAAUAAAACAUGUUUACCUUUUAAAAAUAAAA